CUAAAGAGGACUGAAUACAAAAGCAUGCCAAACUUUUCUGAUUUUCAUUUGUAACAAAUUUUUAAGACCUGGUAUCCUUUUCAUUUAACUUUAUAAUUAACUUAUCCUACUACUGAGGGCAUUAGAGUUUUUGUGAGUUGAGAUGUUUUCGAGGAGAAAUGUUUACUAGUCACAACAAAUGUUGUGUUCUGGUCGUUUCUCACAGUACGGACUCUACUCUGCCUUCAUGGGCGGCUUCAUCUAUACGCUGCUGGGGACAUCUAAGGACGUGACACUGGGUCCGACAGCCAUCAUGUCCCUCCUGUGUUUCUCUGUGGUGGGCGGCCAGCCUCACCGGGCCGUCCUGCUCAGCCUCCUCUGUGGAGUCAUCCAGGCCGCCAUGGCGUUGCUCAGAUUGGGAUUCCUGCUGGAUUUCAUCUCUUACCCUGUAAUUAAAGGCUUCACCUGCGCUGCUGCAGUCACCAUCGGCUUCGGCCAGGUCAAAAAUAUUCUGGGAAUCCGGGACGUUCCCCACCAGUUCUUCCUGGAGGUUUACGACACCUUCCACAAGAUCCCAGAGGCCAGAGUGGGCGACGUGGUCCUGGGCCUGGUUUGUCUUGCUCUGCUGAUCACGCUGAUGUUCAUCAAGUCACAUCCGGGCUCCGACCAUGAAUCAUCAGUCUACUCCCAAUUCGCCAGGAAACUGGUGUGGGCUGUGGCCACCAUGCGUAAUGCACUGGUGGUCGUGGCUGCGACUCUGGUGGCGUUUUCCUGGGACGCUUUUGGACAUCAUGUGUUCACCAUCACUGGGCACACGACUCAGGGACUCCCACCGUUCAGCCCUCCGCCCACCUCGGACACCACGUCCAACGGCACCGUCGUCUCUUUCAGAGAGAUUAUAGAGGACUUUGGAGGAGGACUGGCUGUGAUCCCUCUCAUGGGUCUGUUGGAGAGCAUUGCUAUCGCCAAGGCGUUUGCCAGUCAGAACAACUACAGGAUCGAUGCCAACCAGGAGCUGCUGGCCAUAGGCAUGACCAACAUCAUGGGCUCCUUCGUGUCGGCGUACCCCAUCACCGGCAGCUUCGGACGGACAGCGGUGAACUCUCAGACGGGGGUUUGCACCCCAGCUGGAGGCAUCGUCACCAGUGUGAUCGUGCUGCUGUCGUUGGCCUUCCUCAUGCCGGCUUUCUACUACAUCCCUAAAGCUUCUCUAGCUGCCGUCAUCAUCUGCGCGGUGGCUCCUAUGGUCGAUUACCGUGUCGUAAUAAAGAUGUGGAAGAUACAUCGGCUGGACCUGCUUCCUUUCGGGGUGACCUUCCUGUUGAGCUUCUGGGAAGUGCAAUACGGCAUCAUCGGAGGUGUGGCCGUCUCCGGAGCCCUGCUGCUGUACGCCAUGGCCAGGCCCAAGAUGAAGGUGUCUGAUCACAGCGUGUUGGUGAUCGAGUUGAGCAGUGGGCUCAGUUUCCCUGCUGUGGAGCAUCUGAGCCACUUCAUACACACUCGGGCUCUGCAGACCUGCCCUCCGAGGUCUGUGGUGUUGGACUGCCAUCAUGUGAGCAUCAUAGAUUUCACAGUGACCAGCGAGCUGACGGACCUGCUGAGGCAGUUCAAACUGAGAAAGGUCAAGCUGGUGUUUUCCGGACUGCAGCCCGCCGUUCUGAAGGUUCUCCUCGCAGCUGAUCUGCAAGGCUUCAGAUACACCGACGGCGUGGAAGAGGCGCUGCAGGUGGAGUCAGCGAGCCUUUUAGACGACCAAAACCCGACCUGAUGGACCUCCGCCAGCAGAGGAGAUGUUUGAGUUUAGACAGACGCAGCUGAUCAUUUCUUAUGUGUGAUUUUUAAAACACACGUUACUGACAGUCGAAGGAACCUCCCAGAAACAUGCACUUAAGAUUUUAUCUGCUAAAUGUGUGCCAUCGCCUUUACCUAAAUUAACAUUCCAGUAUGUCUGAGGAGAAGUUUAACACCAUGUUGUUUUUGUGUUUUACGUUUUGUAUAAAUAUCUAUUAUAUUUUUUUCCUUUUCUUCCAUUGACCAAGUUAGAUUUUAAGAAUUAAAAAAGUGGAAAAAAAAUUACAAGUGAUGCUUCAAGAAAAAAUAUCAUUAAAUAAUGUGUUUUCUUAAUUUAUAAAGGAUUUUAGGAAAAGUAAAAUAUUUGUUUAUGUGGAUGGAGACGGUCUGUCAAAGUGAAAUAAUACAUAAAUGUCUGAUCGACAAUAUCUAUAUUUUUACUGGAACUUUUAUCAAAUAAACAUACAUUUUUUU